AUGAUCACCACGCCAACCGCGGCUGAAAUUCCGGCCAUCGCUUCGGUACCCAGUCUACCUGGUAACCCUUCGAUUGUCGCGAUAAUCGGCACCGGGUACGUCGGGUAUAACCUAGUCAAGUGCUUUGCGCCUCAUUACGAAGUCCUGGCCUUUGACGUUAAUGAAAAAAGAGUUGAGCAACUUUGCGCUGAGUUUGAAUCCCCUCGGAUUCAUCCAACGAACAGCCCAGUUGACCUAUCUCGGGCAACCCACUUUCUAAUUUCGGUCCCGACAAAUGUUCUUCCCGACAAGUCGAUCGAUACGUCCUGCUUACAGAAAGCAAUUCAAACAGUGGGAGGAUGUGCUCGUCCAGGCUCAACUGUGGUAAUCGAAAGUUCGGUUGCUGUUGGAAUGACUAGACGACUCCUUGGGCCGUUGAUGCGACUUCGUGGACUUAAAGCAGGCAUGUCACCAGAGCGCGUCGACCCAGGUCGGACGUCGCCUACGCUGGUAGACACUCCGAAAAUCAUCAGUGGUAUUACUCCAGAGUCUCUCGAAAGCAUCAAAGAACUUUACGGCCCGGUGUUCAACCAAUUGGUUCCCGUUUCACGACCAGAGGUGGCGGAAAUGGCGAAGCUAUACGAGAACUGCCAAAGAAUGGUUUGUAUAGCUUACGCAAAUGAGCUGGCAGACGCAUGCAUCGAGCAUGACAUUUCCGCCUUUGAAGUUUGCUCAGCUGCUGCGAGCAAACCAUUUGGUUAUUCACCUUUCACGCCGAGCCUUGGAGUCGGAGGCCACUGCAUUCCAGUGAAUCCAUUCUAUCUCUUCGCCAGCUCUUCCCGUCCGGAUUCGUUUCCAAUACUACGAUCCGCAACCGAAAGGAAUUGGGGACGGCCUGCUGCCGUUGGUGACUAUCUCAUGUCGUCUCUAUUCAAGUCUUCCCAAUACCGCGACGGAAUCGCAAAAGGGCCCCCGAGGAUUCUUAUUGUCGGCGCAGGAUUCAAACGCGGACAAAGUGUUCUCAGCAACAGCCCGGGGGUGGCAUUGAUGAAGCACCUCAAGGAUGCAUGGGAGCUUAAAGUUAUUGAGUUUGCCGACCCCAUGGUCAGACAAGAGCAGCUUCCAGAAUUCCGCAGAAUUGAUGAAUCCUUGGAGUGGAAUGUGGAGAAUCUGAGGAAAUAUUGUCUAAUUAUCAUCGCAAUUAGGCAGGACGGACUUGACUUCAGCGUUCUAGACACUGCGGCGCAGGGCACAUAUACCAGAGUCGAAUACUAUUGCCCAUGA